CCCCCGUUUCUCCCCCUACAAAAACCCUAGAUCGAAGUGCUCCCUCUCUUCACCAAAAAAGGAGAUUCAGGCUUCUCUCUCGUCGCUUGCUUCGUUUUUCUGGGUUUCUGAUUUGUCCUGAUGGAAGGAAACCGGAUUUCCCUUCUGCUGUUGUUAAUUGGCCUCAUUUCUACACUCUCUACUUCGAUGCCGACUUUCUACGAGUCAUUUGAUGAAUCAUUUGACGGACGGUGGAUUGUAUCAGAGAAAGAUGACUAUCAAGGUGUGUGGAAGCACUCAAAAAGUGAAGGACAUGAUGAUUAUGGCCUCCUUGUGAGUGAGAAGGCCCGAAAGUAUGCCAUAGUAAAGGAGUUGGACAAACCUGUUGAAUUUAAAGAUGGUGAACUCGUCCUCCAAUUUGAAACACGGCUCCAAAAUGGACUCGAAUGUGGAGGGGCCUACCUCAAAUACCUCCGCCCCCAAGAGGCAGGCUGGAAACCCAAGGAAUUCGAUAAUGAGGCCCCCUAUUCCAUCAUGUUUGGCCCGGACAAAUGUGGCUCAACCAAUAAAGUCCACUUCAUUCUGAAACACAAGAACCCAAGGAGUGGUGAAUUCGUCGAGCACCAUCUCAAGUAUCCACCCUCAGUUCCCUCAGAUAAGCUCACCCAUGUCUACACUGCUAUACUAAAACCCAACAAUGAUUUUGUGGUUGUGAUUGAUGGUGAAGAAAAAAAGAAGGCAAAUUUCCUCUCUGAAGAUGACUUCGAGCCACCACUCAUCCCAGCUGCCACAAUUCCCGAUCCUGAUGACAAGAAACCUGAAGAUUGGGAUGAGAGGGCCAAAAUCCCUGACCCUGAUGCUGUUAAGCCUGACGAUUGGGAUGAAGAUGCACCUAUGGAAAUUGAAGAUGAAGAGGCAGUUAAACCAGAGGGAUGGUUAGAUGAUGAACCCGAAGAGAUUGAUGACCCCGAGGCCACAAAACCCGAGGAUUGGGAUGAAGAAGAGGAUGGUGAAUGGGAGGCACCCAAGAUUGAUAACCCUAAGUGUGAGGAGGCCCCUGGCUGUGGAGAAUGGAAAAGGCCAACGAAGAGGAAUCCAGCUUACAAGGGAAAGUGGCAUGCACCAUUAAUCGAUAACCCUAACUACAAGGGUAUUUGGAAGCCAAGGCAGAUCUCAAACCCUGACCACUUUGAGCUUGAGAAGCCUAAUGUAGAGCCGAUUGCGGCUAUUGGGAUUGAGAUCUGGACAAUGCAAGAUGGCAUUUUGUUUGAUAACAUUUUGAUAGCAGACGAUGCGAAGGUUGCUGAGCAAUACAGGGAGAAGGCAUGGAAGCCCAAGUUUGAGGCUGAGAAAGAGAAGGAGAAGGCUGAGGAAGCAGCUUUGGCUGCCAGCUCUGGGCUCUCGGGAUUCCAGAAAAAGGUCUUUGAUCUUCUCUACAAGAUUGCGGAUGUCCCGUUCUUGGAUGCUUACAAGAUCAAGAUAAUUGAUGCCAUCGAAAAGGGUGAAAAGCAACCUAAUCUCACUAUCGGCAUUUUGGUUGCUGUGUUGCUUGUUUUCCUCACGGCCAUCUCAAGGGUCCUCUUUGGAGGGAAGAAACCCACUCCUGCUCCUCCUAAGGCCGCAACUGAGACAAAGGAGGCAGUUCCAGAGAGCGAUGGGAACCAGGGGACAAGUGCCGAAAAUGAAGAUGAAAACGAGAAAGAAGACGCAGCAGCUCCUCGCCAAAGGAGGUCAAGGAGGGAGACAUAGGUUCAAUAGGGGAAGGAUCCAUUGAAAUUUUUAGCUAUUUUGAGGUGUCUUCCCUUUGUAAAACCAGAAGGAUCUAUCAAGUUCCAAGGCACUGAGGUUUUAUUAGGAAGGAUAUGACUGAGGUUUUAUUAGGAAGGAUAUGAGUUGUAUAAGAGUAUUUCGUUUCUUAGCCCCUCCAAAGCGAUUUUUGAUUUUCGAACGGUUUUUGCAUUAUUGUUUAUUGGCUCUUCACCUCACUGUGUAGUAGUUUCUCUUGCUGACUUUUCAUAUGGAAAGAGAUUUGUUUGUAGGCUCU